UUCUUUGUUUCUCGAUACGCUCCCAAACUCUCUGGCAGAGCUCAGACUGUUCAAGAGUCUCUUACAAAGGAUCAGGGAGGCGGGAUUCUCUUAGCCCUGGAGAGGCAAUCUUCUCCGGUCAUGGACAAGCUGAGGUCAGAACUGGACAGCCUAUCGGUGUGGCUUUCAGAAGACCCCGAUUACAUCAUUGAUGAGUGUGGGGACAUUUUGACAGUGAAUGAAUAUAAAGAAGUGAAAAAGCAGGCAAAUGCAUCAGACAAGAUGAAAAUGCUUUUAAAUACAAUUAUUGACAAAGGAGGCGAUACCUGUCAGAGCUUUCUUGAUAUUCUGAAGAAAAGUCAAGAGCAUUAUCCACAACUGGAGCAGUUUUUCAACCCCAGAUCCCAUGGCUCAAACCCAUCAGUGUUUGCCGACAAAAGUAGUGUUGUGACGGCUCAAAAGUUUUGCAACACAACUGCAAAGUCUCUUUCAAUGAAGAUUGAGGCAGUAACGAACCCAAAAAUGAGUCCAUCAGGAAAUGCUGGGAUUUCCAAGGCAAAUUACACUGCAACAGAUGGCAGCAUAAUAUGUGCUGAUGAAUUUAGGAACGUCAAUAUAGAUGGAAGUAUUGACAUCUCAGUGUCUGUUAAACCAUCACAAGACCAUGCAGGUGUUGUUGAAGAGACAGAGCAUCUUCCUCAGGACCCUGAUGUAAAAAUGAUAAUUGAUAACAAAAUUAAACUUCGCGAUUGCCUGAUGGCGGAUCGCUACAUUCUCCAGCAUGCGCAACAAGACGGCGUCAUCUGUCUUAGAGAAUAUAAUAAUCUAAAAGAACAUUUGUCACCAGAAAUAUUUGCUACCAACCUAAUUGACACAGUAAUUGGAAAAGGUACAAUAUCUUGUUCUAAGUUUCUUCAAGUACUAAAAAAAGCUGACGUUCUUGAGACCUACCCACAGCUGAAAGAAAUUCUAAACAUUGACGCUGAGCAA